UCUUAGGGGCUAGAGAGGGCGCUAGCCCCCCCACUUUUUUAGGGCGUGGCUUGCUAUAUUUUGAGUCAAUUCUAUUUUCAACGUUAAUUAAACAGAAGUGUAGCUUGUCUUUAGCUAAAUUAGCUGAUUCAGCAUAGAUGUAGUACUGCUAUGAAGGACUGCCUGGAAAUCGAGGCUAAAGCACCCGGAUACGGAAAAUGUCAGCGGGAGACAGCUGUCACAGCAGCAGCUCUGUCAGCCUCAGCAGCGACAAGAACACAAAGCGGAAAGGACAGAAACUCCUUACCACCUUUCUAAGAUCAAGAACUUCCCUGCAGCCAGAGUCGUCUCACUCCAAGUCUUUGUCAUCUUUUUGUACGUCAAGGUUCGACGAUACAGCUAGUUCUAUCGUGACUGUGACUGUCUCUACUAGUACUACUGCUAGUGAAUCUGGCCCGAAAGAUUCUGUGUGUCAUGCGUUUGAUCCUUGCCGAGGUCCAACUGCUUGUUCUGUGACCAAUGGCCCGUAUCAACCUUGUGCAAAAGAACUGCCGCAUGGGAAAUUUCCUCAGACGAAAUCUGGCACUUGUAAUAGGUCCUUUCAACCACACUGGUACACACAAUUUUGCUGGCUUGAGUACAGCCCUGCAGCGGAUUCCGCGUUCUGCUUUCCUUGUCGGCUGACAGUAAAGCAUAACCUGGAUAAACAAGGUUGUCCAGACCAAGCGUUCGUGAGUAGAGGUUUCAGGAAGUGGAAGUCAGCAGUAGCUGACAUGAGGCGUCACGAGGAAUCUUUGAGUCAUAUUUCAAAUGUUGGAGUGUGGAAGAAUAGCCAACAGCAGGAUGCAACCAGAGGAAGUGUUAUGCAACAGUUGAGUACAGCCUACCAGACACAAGUAGAGCUGAACAGACGCAAUUUACGUAAAAUUUUUGAAGUAAUUUUUUUAAUGGGAAGACAAAACAUCCCAUUGAGAGGCCACGAUGAAUCUAAAGAUUCUCACAACAGAGGAAAUCUGCUGGAAUUUCUUGAAUAUCUGUCACGGUACUGCCCUGACUUAAAACGCCAUUUGGAAGGAAACUUUCACUACGUAAGCCCCAAAAGCCAAAACGACAUGUUGAAACUCAUUGCAUCUAACAUUCAGAAGAGAAUUACGACAGCUGUCAAACACUGCGGCUUCUUUGGACUAAUAUGUGACGAGUCACAAGACAUAUCAAGGGUAGAACAAAUGUCUGUCAAUGUAAGGUUUGUAACAGACAGCCUGAAUGUAGAGGAGAGGUUUCUUGGAUUUUGGCCUUUAAAAGGUACUGACGGAGAAAGUCUGUUUCAGCAACUGACGCAAGUUUUGCUUGAGACGGGCCUAUCAAUGUCUAUGGUACGGGCACAGUGUUAUGAUGGAGCGUCAAGCAUGUGCGGGAAGCACUCAGGUUUAGCUACCAGGCUUCAGGAGGUCGAGAAGAAAGCUGGAUAUGUGCAUUGCCAUGCCCACAGAUUGAACCUCAGUCUUCAAAACAGCUGCGAGAACGUUACAGAUGUGCGAAACGUUCUAGGUGCUGUUUCCAGUCUCUAUAAUUUACUUGAAGGAUCAGCCAAGAGACAUGAAAAGUUUCAAGAUGUGCAACGAAGACAGAACGAAGGAAAGGGCCCGCAAGCAGUACUCCAACGACCAUGUCAUACUAGGUGGGGUUCCAGGCACGCAGCAGUCCAUACUGUUAGGCAACAGUUUGCAUCAAUUCUGAUUGCUCUGGACGAACUCUCUGACGAUGCUGCGAUCGGAAGUGAAGCUCACUGUUUACUGACUGUUGUAUCUUCAUUCAAUUUUCUCUUCUAUGUGUCCGUUCUAGACACUCUACUAGGAUUAAUCUCUCAUCUAUCCCAGUACCUGCAGGGAGAGAACGUAGAUCUUCAGGCAGCAAAAAGAUCAGCUGAUAGCGUCAUUGCUACUCUACAAAGUUUCAGAACAAAUGAAAGUUUUGAGAAUUUCUGGCAGUCAUCGGAGAAAGAGAGUAAAGCAAAAAACCUGACUCCACCAGCUCUCCUUCGAGCUCGUCGACCUUCUCACCGAAUUGACGAACGAAGCACAACCCAAUAUCACAUAUUAUAA